ACGCAACACAUCUUCCUUCCUUCGUCUUCCCUCCCACCCCCAUCUACUACGUACAACAAUGAUGAUCAAACUCCUCACCUCCGCCUGCAUUCUUCUCCUUUUUCUCAAUGUUGCGGAGUCGUCGCGAGCAUUGGCUGCUGGCGGUGGUGGUAACGUUACUUGGACCAAGCGCCACCACGACCACGGCGGCGGCCGGGCGAGCCACACGCACAUGCUGUUUGUGUUCGGCGACGAGUUCGCGGACGCGGGCAACCUGGCGACGGAGGCGUCCUUGGGCGGCUACUCGAGGACGUGGCGGUACCCGUUCGGCGAGUCGGACGCGGCGCACGGCCGGAAACCCACGGGCCGCUUCUCCGACGGGCUCGUGCAGUCGGACUACAUGGCCAAGAUCAUGGGCAAGCGCGAGUCCCCGCCCGCCUACAACGGCGACGGCUGGGACGGCGAGGUCGUCGACCCUUCCGGCCUCAACUUCGCCGUCGGCGGCGCCGGCGUCAUGCGGGCGCCCCCAGGCGCCGCGCCCGCGGGCGCCCGCGUCGCCAUGCUCCGCGCGCAGGUCACGCAGCUCCGCGACCUCGUCAGCGACGGCCUCCUGGACGACAAGGACUUCGACGAGUCGGUGGCGCUCGUCGCCUUCUCCGGCAACGACUACGCGCAGGUCGGUGACGCCGACGGCUUCGAAGCGUUGAUUCCGAUGGUGGUGGACGAGGUGGCGAGCCUGGUGUCGGAGCUGCUGGACAUGGGGGUGACCAAGGUGGUGGUGAACACGCUGCCGCCGUUCGGGUGCACGCCGUGGCUGGCGAGGGGCUCCAACUACACCGCCUGCAACGGCGGCGCCAACGACGGGCCGGCCAAGCACAACGCGAUGCUGAGGGACCGGCUGGACGGCGACGACGACGUCAUGGUGCUGGACGUGUACACGGUGAUGAUGGACAUGGUGGCGCCGCCGGCGGAAGGGUCGGAGCUGUCGGCGAGGUUCAAGGAGCGGCUGCAGCCAUGCUGCGAGAGCUACGGCGGCGGCGAGGACGGCGCAUACUGCGGCGACCCCGACGGGCGGUACUGGCUGUGCGACCACCCCGAGGACUACUUCUACUGGGACUUCGUUAACCCCACGCAGGCAGGCUGGAGGGCCGUCAUGCAGAUGCUACAGGGACCCAUCAUGGCCUUCCUUGGCAUCUCACAGCUCAACCACUUUUAGAGUUGAUGAGUUGUUAGGAUUAUUUCAUCUCGAAUAAUAAUAAUGGAAUAAAAACUAUAUAUACAUAAUGGACGAAGACUAUAUAUAUCUAGUAGCUAUUAGCUAGCUUACAUUUGGAGUAAUUAAUAAUUCUUCGUCCAUGAUUGCUUAUUUAUGCGUAUCAUAGAAUAUAUAAUCAGAUAGCCAGCAGUUUAUUAGGGUUUAUUAAUUUGGAGUCCAUCAGCUGAUGCUGCCUUAUAUUGUACACUGUUUUUCAUUCAUCAUAUAAAUAUAUAAUGGAGCAUCGA